UUGCCUUGACCUUGCCGAAUUGAAACCGCCUCACUUUAACUGCCGAGGUUACGCAACAUCUGUCUUUCUCAAGCGACAAUCCGCUGCAUUUUUCUCCUUUUUUUUUGGUUCUUCUAAAAAAAGAAGAAUAGAUGUGGAAAUAGUUGCGGCCUCGUUAGUGAGGCAGCAGGAGUUGCCAUACUCUAUAACACGUUCCGAAGCUUACAAAGGCGCAAGCAUUAGGAACGUUAAGAGUGAUGAAUUCCUCUAUCUUCCUAGUGAGCCAUUAUCGGAACGUCUUCGAAACUAUUUGGCGAAAAGUAAAAAGCCAGAUAAAAAUUCAAAAGAGGAUGUUCAGGCGUGGUUUAACGGGUUGAUAGGGUUUCAAAUGAUCAAUGGAUGUCGGCAACUGCUGUGGACACGUUUGGAUAAAGGCCAGCUGUUGGACUAUAUCUAUGUUAUGGUUCAACAGCAGCCAUCACGUCAGCUAUUUUCUGCAUCCCUCUUAGACAGAAUAUUCUUUUAUAUGGUGACUUUCGACAAGGGUGUUAAUAUAUACAAAGAAAUAAACCUGAAGUUAGUAAAUGGGUUUGCUCUCUUUUGGCACAUGAUCGCUCGAGAAUCACCAUAUACAGAAAUAGUCAAGGAUUAG